CCGUCUGAACCAGAGAAAAUAGGUAGAGAAGCGAAGAGUGUGAAGCCAAAAAAACCUUAUCGAACCGUCAAACUGGUAUCCUAUCGAACAAAAUCAACAAACCUUGACGAUUGCCGCAUAAUUCAUGAUAAGUAUUGCGAUCAUUCGAAACAUUUUUUUACCAAUAUUUUUAAAUAUCAAGGAUAUUACUGUAAAUAACAUUGAUUCCUUAAAUUGACGAAAAUUGAUCCUUUUUGGUAUACAUUUUAGAUGAUUUCUUGUUAAUAAAUCAACAGCAUAAAUCAUUUUCUAAUGCAGUACACGAGAAAGACACUACCCUCGAUAGGUGGAUUAAUCUGUUUUUCGGUAGUUGCCAACAUCCGAGUUACGAAAUCAAAACAGAAAAAGUGUUGCCGUUCAGACGGCUGUUCACUCUUCGCUUCUCUACCUAUUUUCUCUGGUUUUCAUCUCUGCUAAAGACCAGACGAUCGUCGAGACAAGACGAUUCUCGAGAAAGUUUAGUUUUGUUUCUAAAAUUUUAAUAUAAUAUGUAAAAUACCUACAAAAAAGUUCUAUAAAACCAAGUGAUUUCGUGAAACCGGUAACUAUGCCGUUGAAAACUAAAAAACAAAAAGCCGCGUGUAAACGAUGGAUAGCGAGAAAAUUGGCCCGCCAAUCUGCUACAGAGAUGAAGCUCUGGCAGCCAACAUCAUCCGAUCAGUGGCCCUCAGCAUCCCACGGAGAUUCCGGAACGCCGAUUCAAGAAGAAAUAGACACUCCGCUCGAGAUGCCCAUCGAAGUCAAAGAAGAACCACCGGAAGUGGAAUCGAAUCCGUUUGUCGUCGAUGAAACUCUAUCGGAAGAAAUCAAGGUGGAAGUGGAUCUGCUGGAUCCAUCAAUUGAAGCAGAUCCAAUCAACGUUCAUCAGUUGUGUACGGCGACAGAACCAGCAGCUGCGGAUCAACCAACAACGGAGCAUGUGGACACAGAUCGCGUACGAUGUCGAUUUUGUUUAAAGAUAUUUUAUCUGGAGAAAAGGCCACAGGCCAGAAGGUCCGUCGCCAGGCAGAUGAUCAAGUACGUGCUGGGCGUGCAUAUUGAGGGGUCCCGCCGUGAAGGUCCCAACUGUUGCCGAGAGUGUCGGAAGAUGUUCAAGCUGUUCUACGACUUUAAGCGAUCGUGCCUGGCGGCGCUGACUCGUCCGGAUCUGCUGCUGGCCAGCAGUGCCGGGGAAAAGGAACGGCGUAAGAUAGCGAAAUCGAAUCCCUCCAAGAGGGUGAAAAUCGGAAAUGAGAUGAUCAUCGGGCGGUCGGAUAAGGGGGAACACAUUGAGCUUCAAGAGCGAUCAGUUGACGGUGGUGAGGAUUCUAAGUUUGUAAGGGAUGCUGCGGACAGUGAAGUUCAGCCGGAGGUGUCACAUUCCGUAGGGCCAGGUUUGGCAUUAUCGCUCUAUGACGAUCCAUCUUUUGAAACGCCAGUAAAGAACUUUCGAGAGCUUUCGCGGACUGAUUUUCCUGUUCUGGAAAACAACAUUCCAUUCAAUUCUGGCGUGCAAUCUUCAAAUGAGCUUCCAAGCAUCGAAAUAAACACCGAAGAUAUUUCCAAUUCAAAUGAAGUCAAUACGGUUCCAUGUGAUCAAUGUCAUCCGGAAUCUCAUCAGAGUGUUCAAUCAUCGCCAAAUGUCAUUGACACCGCCCCAUCGUCCGAAUCGGAACAACCGAAUCCACCGAGCGAUGAACCAAAGAUGGUCAGUUGCUUCCUCACCACUCAAGAUGAACGCACUGGAAGCAACCAGCAAAUACUUUGCUCCCGCUGCUGGAAAGCAUUCGAAACGGAAUUUGUCUUUGAGCACCACAAACCGUUCUGCAUCAAGGCCCGGGAGAGACCACAGUCGUUUGCAUGUACGCUAUGUCCGAAAAAGUUUAGACACGAAAAGGAUCUGGAUCUUCACGUGAAGUGGCAUAAUGGUGAACGAUCGUUCCCAUGUCGCCGAGAAGGCUGUACCAAGAGUUUCUUCACGACAAAAACACGCCACGGGCACGAAAGCACCUGUGGCAAGACCGGUACCCACAUGUGCACCAUCUGUGCCGCCAUUCUGAAAAGCACGGCCUGUCUCAAAGCUCACAUGGCCAAUCACGGAGAACGCUCGUUUGUGUGUCCGCAGUGCGACAAGGCUUUCCAUACGAACGCCAAGCUCAAAAAGCACUCGGCGGUGCAUUCGGAUGAACGCCGGUACCAGUGCAAGGUGUGCGGGAAGGGGUUCAAAUCGCGCGAAGCCAAUCGGGUGCACCAGCGGAUUCAUACGCAGGAGAAACCGUACGUUUGCCACAUCUGCGGGAUGGCCUUCACGUACAACUGUUUGCUCAAGACGCACCUGGAGAAGGGACAUGAACCGGGGAAUUGACGAUGGGAGAAAGUAAGGUAAGUGAUGAGUACUGGUGAUAUUUGAAAUGAAUGCUAGAACGAUUGCGAGAA